AUGGGCGAGUGGGGGUUCCUGAGCUCCCUCCUGGACGCGGUGCAGGAGCACUCGCCCAUGGUGGGCCGCUUCUGGCUGGUGGUGAUGCUCAUCUUCCGCAUCCUGAUCUUGGCCACGGUGGGCAGCGACGUCUUUGAGGACGAGCAGGAGGAGUUUGAGUGCAACACGAAGCAGGUGGGCUGCAAGCAGAUCUGCUACGACCUGGCCUUUCCCAUCUCCCACUACCGCUUCUGGGUCUUCCACAUUGUGGUGCUCUCGGCUCCGGCAGUCCUCUUCGUCAUCUACUCCAUGCACCAGACCACAAAGAUCAAUCAAGGCCUGAAGGAACCGGAAGCAGAAGAGGAGGGAGCCAAAGGGGCAGGGAGGAAAAGCCAAGUCCGGUUUGGGCUCCAGCCCAGCCAACGCACCCAAAACAUACAGACCUUCUACAUAGUCAACGUUGUAAUGAGGAUCUUGGCUGAGAUGGGCUUCCUUGUGGGGCAGUGGAUGUUGUAUGGCUUCCAGGUGGGAUACCAGUACAUCUGCAAGCAUCACAUGUGCCCUCACCUCAUCGAUUGCUUCGUCUCUCGGCCAACCGAGAAGACCAUCUUCAUCCAGUUCUACUUCAUGGUGGGGCUGGUGUCAGCUCUGCUCAGCCUGGUGGAGCUGGCCCACCUUCUGUUCAAGAAGCGGUGCAGGAGGCGCCGCGUGAUCGCGCCUCCCGCCACGCCGUCCUACGAACAGCAGGACAACUGGUCCAACCAGAAGCAGGAGAAAUCGCAGCACUUUCUGGCCCCAGCGGAUGGCGCUGCCGGUGGGGCGGCCUCUCAGGGUGGAGUUCCCAAUCAUUAUGAGCCCAAGGCCCACCUCCAUCAUAAGAGCUCCACCAAGGGCAGCCGCUCUUCUCGUUCUUCUGCCAGAGCUGACUUGACUGUGUGA